UUUUCUUUUUUCAAUAUAUGUUCAUAUGAUUAUAUGAAUAUAAAUUUUAUUCUAUCGUCUUUUUGUUUUAAUUAAUAUUAAAAAUGGCGUCUUCAGUUCAAGGGUUUAUAGAGCUACCUGAAUCAAGAUAUGACUUAAAUACUUACACAGGAAGAGUUAGACACUGCUUAGAAAUAUCGGACCCAUUUAUGUUGUUGAAUACUAAAAAUGAUAUAAAGGCAUCCAGGGAUUUGAUACAGCAAUAUAAAAAUGGGAUUAUUAAAACAAUGAGUCCCGAAUUAUGGAAAGCCAAAAAAAUAUUAGACUCGACUUUACACCCAGAUACUGGCGAGGUUGUUUAUUUGCCAUUUCGAAUGUCCUCCUAUGUUUUAUCAAAUUUGGUUGUGACUGUUGGGAUGUUGACUCCCAAUCUUGGGACUUUUGGCACAUUAUUCUGGCAAAUCACUAAUCAAUCAUUAAAUGUUGCAAUAAAUACAUCAAAUGCCAACAAAUCUCAUCCUUUGACUACACAGCAAUUGAUAACAAAUUAUUUCUUAGCUGUUUCUGCUUCAUGUUCAGUCGCUUUAGGUUUAAAUUCGAUUGUUCCAAGAUUGAAGAACGUCAGUCAAAACACCAAAACUAUAUUGGGUAGAUUGGUCCCAUUUGCUGCUGUGAUCUCUGCAGGGAUAGUUAACGUUGUAUUAAUGAGAGGUGAAGAACUUAGAAAGGGUAUAUCAAUAUUUAAUAAAGAAAACAAUGAAGAGGUUGGUAUUUCCAAAAUUGCAGCGAAAUAUGCUGUUGGAGAGACUGCUUUAUCCAGAGUUAUAAAUGCCACUCCAAUAAUGGUCAUUCCUCCAUUAAUAUUAGUCAAACUACAAAAUGGAUUCUUAAAGGGACGAGGAGUUGGAAUGACAACUUUAGCCAAUGUUGGAUUAUAUCUAGCCACUUCCUUUACUGUACUACCACUUGCAUUGGCUGUCUUUCCUCAAAAAAGAGAAUUGAGUGUCAAGAAAUUGGAAGAACGAUUCAAUAAUCUAAAGGACAGGAAUGGUAAUCCAAUCAACUACAUUCAAUUCAACAGAGGGAUGUAACAGUAAAUAGACCAACGAAAAGAUAAUAAAUAGUUGUAUUAUAAAUUUUUUUUGUUCUUUUUCGUAUAUAUUCCCGGAUUAUCAUAUCCUGAACACGGAUAGUAAAAACCGCCAUUAGGA